AUGCGGACCCACCUCUAUUCUACCUUUGUGGAUCUGGCAAAAGCCUUCGACACGGCGACUCACGAAGGACUGUGCAAAAUCAUGCAGAAAUUCGGCUGUCCUGAACGAUUCACUCAGAUGGUGCGUCAGCUCCACGGUGGCAUGAUAUCUCGAGUCACGGACAAUAGAGUUGUCUCGGAGGCAUUCUCAGUGACCAACGGGGUGAAGAAAGGCUGCAGCCUCGCGUCUACCCUCUUCAGUCUUCUGUUCUCUGCCAUGCUAAUAGACGCCUACCGUAACGAACGCCCAGGGAUCCGCGUCGACCAUAGAACGGAAGGCCACUUCCUCAACCGCAGGCGGAUGCACUUCAGGUCGCGUGUAUCCACAACUACCCUCCAUGAACUUCUCUUCGCUGGUGACUGCUCCCUCCAUGCAACUACUGCAGGAGACAUGAAAAGAAGCAUGAAUCUCUUCUCCGCCGCCUGCGAGAACUUCGACCCUAUCAUCAACACGAAGAAGACUGUGGUCAUGUAUAAACCGCCAUCCGACGCUACCUACGUUGCACCCCAAGUCCACGUGAACGGCGCCCAACUGCAAGUGAUGAACAACUUCACGUAUCUGGGCAACACCCUCUCCCGCAGCACCAAAAUCGACGAUGGGGUGGCGUGCCGAAUUUCUAAGGCCAGUCAAGCCUUCGCUCAUCUUCAAAACACAGUUUGA